AUGCCACGGGGACAAACUGGCUCCCUAAAAACCCAAGGAGCACGGCUUCGGUUUUCAAGGGCUCAAGAAAAAAGCCUCGAUGCAAUCCUGGAUAAAUUUGGGGGUUAUGCACAGAAGUAUGUGGUGAAGAACUAUUUCUACUACUACUUAUUCAAGUUUUCAGCUGCUCUGGGUGAAGAGGUGUUUUAUAUCACCUUCCUUCCAUUUACCUACUGGAACAUAGAUCACUCUGUGUCUAGAAGGAUGAUCAUCAUUUGGUCUAUAGUGAUGUACAUCGGCCAGGUCUCCAAGGACCUGCUGAAGUGGCCUCGGCCCCUCUCGCCGCCCGUGGUGAAGCUGGAGAGGAGGACGGAUGCUGAGUAUGGGAUGCCGUCUACCCACGCCAUGGCAGCCACUGCCAUCUCCUUCUCCUUUCUGAUCGCAACCAUGAACCGGUACAAGUACCCGUUCGAACUGGGGCUGACGGGGGCGUUUGUGUUUUCCACGCUGGUGUGCCUCAGCAGGCUCUACACGGGGAUGCACACCGUCCUGGACGUGAUCGGCGGAGCACUGAUUUCGGCUGUGUUGCUGGUGCUUUUGUAUCCCGUGUGGGACUUCAUCGAUCACCUGCUGUUAACGAGUCCCUUCUGUCCACUGCUGUCCAUAGUCGUGCCUCUUGUCCUGUGUUACAAGUACCCCAAACUAGAAUACUACAGCCCUACCAGGGGAGACACCACCACUAUCUUGGGAGCAGGAGCCGGAGCAACUGUGGGGUUUUGGUGGAAUAACCAGUAUGCAGCACCAGUUUACUCCAGUGAAAAAUUUCAGCUGGGGUUUCCUCUGAUCACCGGUACGAUACUCCUGGUUGUGCUAGCCCGGUUCUUCGUGGGGAUCUGUAUUAUUCUGCUGACGCGCCAGCUCAUGAAGAGCGCGGUCCUCGGCAUGCUGUGCUAUCGAUACAAGUUUCCCAUUGGUGAUCUAGAAGCCAGAAGACGACUGGAAGUUGAGGUGCCGUAUAAAUUUAUAACCUACUCUUCAGUUGGCUUCAGUGCUACAGUGAUUGUGCCACUAUUGCAUCAGUUACUAGGAUUGAUUUGAGCCCAAUUCCUUAAAGAAUAAUUUAUGGCACCACCAUUUCGGAGAUGCAAUAAGUUGUUCCAAGCUGGUAACUGGACUGAGAAGCGUCUUGUGCCUUUCUGCACUGGCCUAAAAUACCUAAUUGUGAAGAUUCGUGGGGAUGGCUCUACACAAACAACCCAGGGUUAGAAAUCACGGACUCCGCUGUGUCCCUUAAUUAGAGGCCUGUGGCCCGGAUGACGUGAUGUGACGUGACGUGGCGUGAGAAGCGCAGGGUACGGAGCCGAGCUCGCUGCCGGCGAGGUCGCGGCCGGGGACGGCUGCGCUGGGGAGGUCGGCACGGCGCCCGGCGCCCGGCAAAGACCUGAUGAUUACUGUGCGUGUCUUGUCAUGUUGUCUUCUGACGGCACAGCCAGCCUUGGUGAUGCCGGCGUGUACGGUUUUACCCAUUGCAACUCCUAAAAAAUUAAGGAAAGAAAGAAAAAGGCCACCCAAAACAUUUGAGCGAUUUGUAACAAAUUUAUCUAGAAUAUUGAUAAGAAAACCUCCACUAGCAGAUCCUUUACGCGUGUACAAUUUAACAGAGUUGUUGGCACAGCGCGGAGGAUUGUUGAGCUCUGAUUUAGCUUCCCACCGAGAGGAAUGGGGCCAAGCCUCCCCCAGGCGCAGGGCUCCUCUGACGCUUAGUCUUCGUAAGCCGCCGCGUGCCAAAUGCUGUAACGUCGGUUCAGGUGACUAUAACGUCUGGGGAGGAUAAAACGCCAUAAUUUUCUGGUGCUACACAGCGUUACAAUUGGUCUUCCAUGUGUCUUGCAAUACCGUGUAUAAACGUGUAGAGCAGUAGUGCAGGAAUGGUCAUAGGAGCGUCGCUGCUAUAACUUUGAGGCUGCUUAUUUUAAAACUAGAUCUGCAAUUGGACCGAUGAGCUGUUGACAAAUACAGCGAUGACUGUGGUCUGCUUGGCUAGGGGAAAAAAAAAAGCAACAUUUUCAGAUUCUGACUGCAGAGCUUUAAGCAUGGCCUGCGUGCCUUUUUCUGACAGAACGGGUAGUAAAAUCAGCAUUUUAAGCACAUACGUUUGUGUUCUUGGGCUACAAAAAAAAUUAACUUCAAGAAUAUAAAGGAGGUGCAUUUCUACCAGUUGACUAUUUAUAUUAAAUAAAAUCAAGUUCCAAAAACUGAGCUGAAAGUUUUAUCUGAAUCACUGUAGUCAUGCACCUGUGAGAGCAGUCUGAUUUUUUUUUUUUUUGAACAAGUUUUUUUUAAACAAUCUCCAUAAGAAAUGCAAGCAGAAAUGCUAGAUUUGCACAGGCCGUGCUUAAACUGUUUUAAAUUAGGGUGUGUGGACAGGCCUGUCUGUACACGUGAACGCCAGCGGGUUGAAUGAACUUCACAGCAGGACGUGCGCGCUGCCCUCUGCCCGCCGCAGCCAGCGGCAGCCCGGUAAGUCGGGUGCGCUUGGUCUCCCCUCCUUCCCGCACGCCAUAAAACGCUGCAAUGCCCAUGAGGCUUAGCUUAAAAACACCUUCGCAUCAGGGUGCUGUAUGAUAGAGAGCUGCCUGAAGGCGGAAGAUCCGAAGCCCUCUGGAGGUACCAUAUCUCGGCGAACGGCCCCAAAACGGGCAAAACGUAGCGCAGGAAGCGGAGCGGGUUAGGCUCAAGAAGGCGCAGCGUGAGCGGGGCAGGCGUGCAGUCCCGCGUGCAGAGUUUCUGCUCCGAAUCACAGCUAUCUUCUGCUAUGAGCAAUUUGUAAAUUAUAUAGAAAUGCUUGGAUUUAUGAGGUAUGUGCACAAAUAUUUUUAUCUUUUAUAGUA